UUCCGCAGACGAUUAUUUCAUUAUGACUGAUUUUAUUUAACGGAACAACAAUUUCAUUGAAAGCGUUUUCAUGCAGAGAGAGAGAGAGAGAAUUCAAGACGCUGUUUUAAUUAUCUCAGUUUGAGUUAAAGUUACGAAUUUUCGGCUGUUCUUGGAUAACUUUAUGACUGCUUGAAAUAACUUUCGCUGGAAUUAUUGCCAAAGCGAUGAGUGUUGAGGAAGUGGACAUAUUGAUAUUUUAACUUAUUUGUGAGAAAUUACCAGAGUUGUUUUCCCGUGAUUAAUGACUAACUGUGACGUCACAAUGGAGGUUCGUCACCGGUUGACUAGGGGAGUCAAGCGAUGGUUCAUCCUGACUGGUGUGUUCUUCGUCUCUUUCCUCGAGACUGGUACUGUCAGGUCAUUCGGGGUCAUCUUGAAUGAUAUGACGUCAGACUUUGGUACCUCAACGGCUUACAUUGGGACCAUCAUCGGGAUGGCCCACGGAGCUACGUACUGGUUAUCGGUCCUGAACACACCCCUCCUCAGACGUUUCUCCGUUCGUCAGGUGGUGAUGGCUGGUGUCUGGUGGGAUCCCUAGGUCUCAUCCUAUCAGCCUUUGCGAUGACCGACCUUACUUUGCCGCAGCUCUCUUCAUGUUCGGAAUUGGUUUCAGCACGGUUGUCUUACCGGCCAACUCAAGUCCUGUGGACUACUUCCCAGACCUGUUUGAGAUUGCAUCUAGUAUCAAUCUGACCGGAGGCGGCAUCGGUCUCAUGAUUCUACCGCUUCUCUUCGAGGUCUUCGUCAAGAACUAUGGUUGGAGGGGUGCCCUGAUGCUUCUAGGUGCUAUCAAUCUGAAUACUCUGGUGAGUGGCGCCCUCUUGGAGCCGGUGCCGAAGGUGAAGGAAUCGGCAACGGGAGAAGUGCCUCUGGAUGAUACGGCGGAGCUGACGCAGAGAGAGAUUGAAGGGGAGCACAGCGGACAGUGUUCAUCAGGACAAGAUGGAGCAAACGGAAGUGUAGAAGAUGAAAUUGACACGACUGGUGUCGAUGUUGAUUCACUAGCUGAAACAGAGGACUUGAUACCUCAUCAAAGACAUACUGGUAACGGUCAUCUUAGACACUCUGAAAACACCAACACUAACUGCAAGUCGGACAGCAAAGUUCUUAUACACCACAUUAGUAACUCGGAGGAUGCAACCCCAAAUGGCUUUCCAACCUACACCCCUGAAGUGGAAAACUGUGACAGCAAACACCACCAUGAACUUGUAGCGUCAUACAACACCACCUCCAACAGUGUAACUGUCAAAGAGGCCAUUGCCUCUGAGGAUUGUCCCGAAGACAUCCCGAAUCGGACAUGUUUCGGGAGGUGGUGCCAUAGUGUUGCAGAGCUCUUCGACCUUUACCUAUUUAAAGAUUACCCUGUGUUCUUCGGCAUCUGCCUUGCGACCAUUCUCUUUGGCGUCUCCUACGAUGGCUGGGUACUCUUUGUUAUCCCCAACGCAGAAGCUAAGGGCUUCGACUCACAGAUGUCUGUGUACGUCGCAACAGCCGGAGGCGUCGGAAAUAUAUUCGGACGCUUCUGUAUAGGAUUCUUCACAGCCAAGAAGUUAAUUCCCAACGAGGUGUCCUAUCUCAUAAUGAACCUAGUGUCCUCAGUGGCUUUCUUCAUCAACUAUGGCGCCACCACAUUCUGGUUCCUGUCGAUCCUGUCUUUCUUCAAUGGGUUCUCUCUAGGAGCAAAGACGUCACUGCAGUUCAUCAUUGUCAAUGACACGGUGGCUACCAAGCGGUACAAGGCAGCCGUCUCUAUGCUACUUGUGUCUCUUGGUAUUGGGUUCCCCAUCAGUGGUGCCCUCUUAGGUGGAAUUUACGACAGGACAAAAUCAUACAACAUCUCUUUCUGCGUGAUAGGGUUUAUAGAUGUGGUGUGUGGGAUCCUGAUCACAGCGCCUCUCGUAGCAGCAGCCUUAAGGAGACGUAAAGGGAGAGCGUCCCUAUCAACGGACGAAGUGCCUGUAUAACGCUUGAAGACAUCACUCAAAGACCACGCUUGAAGACAUCAUGCCAUGCAUCCUUGAAGCGCUCACUGUUGCCAUGAUAGGGGUCGUGUGUGGGAUCCUCAUAACAGCCCCUCUCAUUACAGCAGCUUUAAGGAGACGUAAAGGGAGAGCGUCCUUAUCAACAGAUGAAGUGACUGUAUAGCGCUCAAAGACAUCGUGCCAUGCAUCCUGGAAGGGCUUACUGGUGCCAUGAUAGGGUUUAUAGAUGUUGUGUAUGGGAUCCUCAUCACUGCGCCUCUCAUAGCAGCAGCUUUUAAGGAGACGUUAGGAAAGAGAGUCCUUAUCAACGGACGAAGUGCCUGUAUAGCGCUUGAAGACAUCGUGCCAUGCAUCCUUGAAGUGCUCAGUGUUGCCACAUUCAUGUAAAUUUCACAUGAAUUUUGUAUGCUAUCUAUUUGAUGAUCUUAGAAUUGAAAGGAGGAAGAGCUACGACACGGACGUUUGAUUUGGACAAGCACAAUGAUGCUCAAAAUC